GCAUUAUUGAAGGCUAUGUUGCAGAAAAAGCUGCAUUGGAAGAGGCCUUGAAUCUGAAAGAGGAAUCUGAGCGUCGCCUUGUUGUGGAGCUGGAGAAUAUGCGUGAACGCUUCCAGGAGCUAACCCAGGAGCAAGCAAUUCUUGGUCUACUCAAGGAAGUAGAAUUUUUAGCAAAGGAGAAAUUAGAGCUUCAAUGUCAGGCAGAAAAGGACCAUUCCAACUUACGCUCUCAAAUGAAAGUUUUGGAGGUGGAACUGGAAGAACAGUUGCAUAGUAAUCAAGACCUGGCUACACAGUUACUGGAGGUUGCUGAAUUAAAACAGCAAAUUCAAGUUCUUGAAAAACAGCUUAAAAACCAGCGGCAAUUCAUGGAUGAACAAGCUAUAGAAAGGGACCGUGAUGAUUAUUUUUAGCAGGAAAUUCAGAAACUGGAAGAACAGUUAAAACUUUCAGCAAAAUCGCAGACUUCAGGAGAGCCCAGAGAGUAUAGGAACUAUGAAUUGAUUCUACAGGUAGAAUCUUUGCAAGCAGAAAUAAAAGAGAAGGUGGAUGAUUACAAUAAGCUGUUACUAGAAAAGGAGCAAAACCACAAAGAAAUUACAGCUCGUGAUCAAGAGAUAGAAAAACUCAUGGCGCAGAUACGAGAACUGGAGCACAGCGGUAUUGAAGUCUCAAAGACUGUAUACUACUUGGAACAACAACUGCAAAAAAUGAAGAAAGUGGAAACCGAAUUAAAACAAGAUAAAGAGGCAUUGCAACAGCAACAGUACAAUAACCUGAUUCAGAUCUCUGCCCUACAGUCUAAAUUAGAUGAAGCGAGGCACAGAGUACCAGCUGACGGCAGUUCUGCCCCAGUGCUGAAGGAGCAGUUACAGGCAGAGCAGGAAGCACUUCAGACGAAAGAGAGAGAGAUUGCAAGCUUGUUAGAUCAACUAGAACAAUAUAAGGAUAAUUUGAUCAGUAAAAAUGAGGAGAUAUUGCAGCUGAACUUGAAGUUAGAGAUGCAAAAAAACCUUAGCACUUCCAGCAUCAGCCAGCUUCAGUUAGAGAAUGCACACUUGAAGGAUCUAACAAAACUUCAUGUGAAGCAAAAUCAGGACCUGGGUAUUAAUGAUUCCUCAGCUUUGUCAUUCCCACAAGCACUACUAAAAGAAAAGAAUCAAGAAAUUGAUCACUUGAAUGAGCAGAUGAAGAGGCUCCAGCGAGAGCUAGAGAAUACUCUGGAGAAUAAAGUUGUAGAAGAUCAAAAAUCUGAAAUUGAAGAACUCGGAUCACUUGUUGAGCACCUUCGCGGUGACCAGGAAAGGCUGCGUAAGGACAAAGAUGAAGAGGUAGAGCAACUCCAUGGAGUAAUUGAGAAGCUUCAAAAAGAGCUGGCACAAUUUGGACCAGUAUAUCAUGAAGUUAGCGACAAUCAAGAUGAUCUCUAUCAACUUGCUUUGGGAAAGCCAGUGGAAAACCUUCAGAAUGAGUUGAAGAAGGGACUGGUAGAUUGUCAGGGUGAUACUGAUCCAAAUAGAAGAAAUGCAUUGCUACUUUCCAAAGUGAGAGAACUUCAGGAGGAAGUAGAGCUUGUCUCAACUGCUAGAGAAGCUCUGCAGCAACAACUGGAAGAGAAGGAAUUGCAGUUCAAAAUGGAAGUGGAAAUUUUGGAGAAAAAAUGCCAAAAAUUACGAGACUCAUCAGAGCAGCACGUUGCAGAGCUGACCUCUCUGAGAAUACAGUACAAUGCACUUCAGGAAGAGUACAGCCUUUUCCAAACACAUUUUUCUCAAAGAGAGGUUGAAGCAAGGAUGGCGACUUCUCGCAUUCAAGAACUUGAAGAUACUGUGAGAGAAAAGGAAGCAAAUACUCUAGAGAAAGAUAUGCAAAUAAAGACAAUGGCAGAUCGAAGAGAAGCUGAUACAAGCAAGUUGCAGUACCUAACAAAAAAGGCAGCAGAACUUCAAGCUGAGUUGGAAAAGAGAGAUGCAAGUCAGGCUCAAGAUGUUUAUAGUCUUCAGUUAGAAGUUUCUAGACUUGAUUCGCAGGUGCAAGCACUGAAUCAGAAAGAAGUAGUUUAUCAGAGAGAAAUCAAUGAACUGCAAGGUAGCACUGCAAAACUGAAAGAUCAAAUUGAGGCAUAUGUGAGAGAGCUUGAAGCCUUACGAUUGGAAAGAAGUGAACUUGUUUCACGGUUGGAGUCGUACAAGCCAAAGGAGCAACGUGAUCAUGAAGACACUAACCUUCUCAAGGCAUUCUGCCGCAGAGAAAGAGAAGACAAAGCUCUUAAAAAAAGAAUGGAGGAAUUGGAAGAACUGGAAGCAAAUGUUGAUCAGUCAUCUGCAGUACUGGCUUCCCCUACUGAUAAACUGGAAAAAGAUGAAGUUAUGUUUGACUUGACGACUUACAAUAUAAAUCCAAAAACUCAGAUUAAGCAAUCACAAGAAAAGAUAUUGACCGAGAAGUUAGAUGUGAUCAACAACUCCGAAGAGGAGCAAGAUUUAAAAAAGCAUUGCCAGCAAAUGUUGGAAAUUCAUCAAACCCCUGAUUCUCCAAAACACAAUUUGAACAUAGGCAAAGACACUUCAAAAGACUUCCAGAAUUUAAUUGCAGGUAUGGCUUCAUGGGGCUCACCUGAGAUGGUGAGAAGGCAAGAUACAAGCAUGGAACUUCAGCCAGUGCUUCAUCUGACACCCUUUUCGGAAGUUGAAAGCACAGAUUUUGAAAUUCUGCACACCAGGUCAUCCAUGCGAGAAGAUAAUUCUGUAUUGCUGGGAUAUUCUAACUUGUAUGAAAAUGGCAGUGAGGAAGCAGCAGUGGGAGUAGGUAGAAAAUCUCCAGCUUUCUCUGAAAGCACCUACUCUGUUGAUGAUGACCAAGAUAUGGAGAAGAUUUUGCAGAUGAGAGAAGCUGAUAAUCUAACUUUAACCCCUUCUGAUUUACAAGAUGAUGUAAGAUCAAGAGCAUCUGCCAUCGAUGCAAUGAGCGAUGGAUAUGGCAGCAAUACCAGCUCAAAUUUGGCAGCUAAACUAAAGCAGGAGCUACAAACAUCAGACCAUCUAGAUGCUAGUUUCAUGGCUUAUCUGCGGUAUCGUGGAAUGUUUCCAGAUAUUACGGAAUCAAUGAGAGAAAAGGAAAUACUUUCACCACAGCUGAAGACUGUGCUGAAGAUGAUAUAUGAGGAGAGCCGCAAAAUAUUGGCUUUGUCAGAACGUCCCUUUGGUUUUAGGGAGCUGAAAAAUGUUCAUCAGACCAGAGUGGCAAUGGAGGGAUGGCAGAAGGAGGGCUUAGCCUUGCUGGAUGCUAUACAGUCGCUGAAAGAUUACCUUAGCAAGGUGGCAGAUAGAGGAGACAAGGAGGAACAGAGGCAGAUGGUUGUAGAGCACCUUUUCUCUUCAGACCGGAAUAGCUUGCUCUCUGAAAUACAGGACCUCCGAGCUCAGCUACGCAUGACACAUCUUCAGAACCAGGAGAAGCUACAGCAGUUACAGGAAACCCUUACAAAUGCAGAAGAUCACGGGAACAAACAAGAACACCACCUUCGGAGGAAAGUUGAAUUAUUAGAAUAGGAAAAAUCUAUCGUAAGUGACUUGCACAGCACCCUGUCUGAGGAGCAGAAGAGAGCCUCUGAAACAUGUGAUCACUUGAAUCAAGAAAAAGCAGCCCUGCAAUCAGAGCUUUACGAAAAUAAGCAAGAGAAUGAAAGGCUGCAGAAAUCCCUAGAAGAGCUUCAGAGGGAAAUAAACCAGUUAAGUUUUGAAUUGGAAAAAAGAGAACAGGAUUUGACAGCUGCACUUGAAGACUUGCAGACUGAACAUCUGAAAGAAACAGAGCUACGAGGUUUGUUUGAGGAACAACAGCUUCAGCAUAAGAAAGCAGAAGAUAAAAAGACAAAGGCCUUGGAGGAGCUGCAGGCUGCCUUGGAGUUGCAGUCGGUGCAGAAUAGCCAGCUGGCCGUAUCCUUAGAGCACGAGCAAACGGUAAAUAAUAAUCUCCGCAAGGAACUUCAGAUCGAGCACUCCCGCUGUGAAGCGUUGCUGUCCCAGGAACAGACCAAACUGUUGGAGCUACAGAGAAAUUUGGAUGCUGAGAAAAAUCGUUCAUUGGAGCUCCUGAAUUCCUUGAAUCACGAACGUGUUUUGACAGAACAGUUGAGUAUGAGAGUGAAAGAAGGUGCUUCUUGUCAGCAUAGGGAGUUGCUGUUGGAACAAGCCUUUGUUCGAGAGCUCCAAGCCCAGCUGGAAGAAGAGAGGUCCCGAACUAUGGAGCUAGCUGCUAUUAUUGAGAAAAUGCACCAGAAGGCCGUUCGCUCCAAAAGGCAGCUAGAGGCCGAAGUACAGAUGUGCUGCGAAGAAACCCAGAAGGAGAGAGAGGUCAGUGACAACUUGCGAGCUAUGCUGGAAUCUCUUCAGGGUCAAAAGGAAGAGCAAAACUUGGAACGGCAACACCAGAGGGAUGAACGGAGAAUUAAAGAGCUGCAGGAAAUACUGGCAAUAUUAGAAAAAGGAGAAAGAAAUCUCCCAUCUCCAAACCAUCAGCAAGAACUGUUGUGUACCUUAAACAAAGAUCGAAAUGCCAAACAGGCCAUGACAAAAGAAACUGAAAAAUCGCAUUUGCAACAGCAGCAACAACAGCUAGAGAAAAUAAGACAGCAGUUGCUUUUUGUAACUAUGCACCUGAAUGAGUUCAUAUAUAAAACUGUAGAUAAAACAGUUAACGAUUGGUCUGUAUCACAUGAUGAAGCUGUAGCCUCUUUACUGCAGACAUUAAAGGAACUAAAGUCAGAUUUAUUGUCUCCUCCUGCAUCUCAGAUCAGAUCUACGGAUGAUACUGACUCUGUUCAAGAACUGGAAAGAGACACUUGGCAGCGAGAGAGAAACAUUUUGCAGAAUGCACUGAAACAGGCUGAAUCCAAACUGGCUAAAGCAACCGUUGAAAUUGAAAACAAACCAGUGGUAGAAACUUCCAGUCCUAAGUUGCAGAGAUUAUAUAGGAAGUACCUUAGAGCAGAGAGCUUUAGAAAAGCUCUAGUUUAUCAGAAGAAAUACCUCUUGCUGCUUCUUGGUGGAUUUCAGGACUGUGAGCAAGCAACCCUCUCUCUAAUAGCACGUAUGGGAAUCUAUCCCUCAUCAGCAGACCUGCAGCUUUCUGGAUCACGUUCCCGUCCUUUUACAAAGUUCAGAUGUGCAGUCAGGGCAAUCAUCGCCGUAUCAAGGUUAAAGUUUUUGGUGAAAAAGUGGAACAAAGUUAGCAGGAAGAGCGCACAGGGUGAAACCGUUUCUCACAGUAUAGGAGGUAAUACAGCCUCUGGUGCUAGAACAGAAAUUCUGAAAGAGCAGCAGCCCCCAACUGUUCAAGUCGGCUCUCCCCCAACCAGGGAUACUGGGCUGUGCCACAGAACCAGCUCUGCAAGAUUUGUGAGCCACUCCCCCCGAUCCUUUUACUACUUACACAACAGAUUGCAUCCAUCCACAAGUUCAGCUUCAGAAAAGUCACUUGUGCCUAUUCAGGAUCCUGAACAAUCGUUAACAGAAUACAUCCAUCGCUUAGAGGUUAUCCAGCAAAGACUAGGGGGUGCGCAGCCAGGUAAGAACUACCUUGUUACCCUCACAGCUGCCAGCGUUCUGAGCUGCUUUUUGCAAGGUUCUUCCUACAUACUGCCUGUAACACUUAAAGCAUGUAAAGAGCAUCAUUUUAAUGAAUAA